AUGGCCGCGGCAGCCGGCGGCGGGGCCGGCCCUCUCAUCAACGACAACCCCGAGCUCCAGUCUUACUACCAGUCGCUCGAGUCCCGCGUCGGGUACCGGCUUGUUCUGGGCGGCACGCGUCAUUUCGGAUACUGGUAUAAUGCGCAUCACUCCGAGGUCAUGGGCUGGUACUGGAGAACUGGCAUCGGCGAGAAGGGAUACACCAGGGACAAUGACACAUGGUUUCCAUUCCCAAUCACGCCCUCCCUGCGAAGAAUGGAGCAGAAGAUGUUCGAGCGCCUCAACCUGCCCGAGGGGGCCUCGGUGCUCGACGCCGGCUGCGGCAUCGGCCACGUCGCGCUUUGCAUGGCUCGCCAUGGACUGCGGGUCACGGCGAUCGAUGUCGUCGAGCACCACGUAGAAAAGGCGCGGCACAACUUCCGGCGGUCAGGUCUGCCGGAGGGCCAGGUCACGGCGCGGAGGGCGGACUAUCACCACCUGGAGUGGAUCGCGGACGAGUCCCUCGACGGCGUGUACACUAUGGAGACGCUCGUGCACGCCACGGACCUCGACACGGUGCUUCGCGGAUUCUACCGCAUCCUGAAGCCCGGCGGGCGGCUCGUCGAGCACGAGUACGAGACGCGCGUCACCAAGGCCGAGGAGACGGGCAAACUGGCUGGCGACACCGACUUCGUCGUCAAAUACAGCGCCAUGCCGCUGGACCUGAUGGCGCCGGGGCGGCUGAGGCGGGCGCUCGAGGAGGUUGGGUUUGUGGAUGUUGAUAUUGUGGACUACUCGGAGAACGUGCGGCCCAUGCUGCGACUGUUCUACUGGAUGGCUAUCGUUCCGUAUUUUAUCGUCAAGUUUCUGAGGCUGGAUCGGUUUUUUAUCAACACUAUUGCUGGAGUUGGGGGCAUGGCGGGCCAGGAUCACUGGAAGUACAUCUCUGUUAGCGCCAGGAAGCCUGGUGGUCCUGUAGAGUCGGCGAAGACGAAGUGA